UGGUUUUUCUUGUUGGCAGGAAGAUGUGAAGUUGAUGCAUGACAUGGGCCUGGAUGCCUACAGAUUCUCUAUCUCCUGGAGCAGAGUCAUUCCUAAUGGUAGAGGGCCAGUUAAUCCAGAAGGGGUGCAGUAUUAUAAUAACCUGAUCACUGAACUCAAGAAAUAUGGAAUUGAACCUCAUGUCACUCUUCUUCACUUUGACCUCCCCCAAUCUUUAGAAGAUGAAUAUUCUGGACUCUUGAGCCCAAAGAUUGUAGAGGACUUCACUGCUUAUGCUGAUGUGUGCUUUAGAGAGUUUGGGGAUAGAGUGAAAUACUGGAUCACUGUCAAUGAGCCAAACAUUGAACCCAUCCUUGGCCAUGAUCUGGGAAUAUUUCCACCAAAUCACUGCUCUUCCUCCUUGGCCCCUUCCCUUGGCCUCAAUUGCAGCAAAGGGAAUUCAUCUGUUGAACCAUAUAUAGCUGGUCAUAACCUUUUGCUUUCCCAUGCAUCAGCAGUCUCCCUAUACAGAAAGAAAUAUCAGCCAAAUCAAGGGGGAUAUAUUGGAAUUACCUUACUAGGGAUCUGGUUUGAGCCAGCUACAAGAUUACCAGAUGAUAUAGCAGCAGUUAAUAGAGCACUCAAUUUUGUAAUAGGCUGGUGAGUAAAGCAAACAAUACACUGAAAUCUUUG